CGAAACUUUAUUUGUUUACGUUUCCGGAUCAACAGAGAAAUAUGCACAGGACAUUAUUAUGCGGCAAUGACAAUUUUUUAAAAAAAAAGAUAUUUUUUCAAUAAAUAAAUAAUUUUCCUAUUAAUGAUUCUCAUAAUUGGACCACCUUCUGUGGGGAAAACUUUGCUACUGAAACGUUUGCAAAAUAACCGUAUCCUUUAUUAUACUCUAUACUAUAACUUAAACUUAUACAUUUUUAGUAGUAGUAGUAUGAGUACUAUGAGUAUGAGUAUGGCUAUGACUAUGUUAUGACUAUACUAUACUAUGACUAUGACUCCACUAAGUUACUAAGUCACUAAGUAUCAGUAUUGGCUCAAAACUUAUACUUAUAGUUAGUUCUUUUAGUCUUUAGAUUUAUAAAUGUAUAACUAUAAUUUUUUUUUUACUUUGAUGUAAUUUCAUAAUUUAAAUUGCAUUAAAUUAAUUAAUUUAACAACUCCUGACUGGAAAAAAACACAAUCCAAAUGCCAUAUAAAAUAAUUCCUGCAUCUUUGUCUUUGUAGUACUAAUUUAACAUUUAAUAUAUUUUAUCUGCAAUAUUGGCAUAUCCUUACUGUAGUUUAAGACUGGUGAACAUUUAAUUAUCUCAUACCUGUUGUUUGUCCGUCAACAUCGACUAGGACCAUCCAGUCAUCUGGUUAGUGGAGGAAGGUGGGUUAUGGUGAGUUCAAAGGUGGCUUGCUAGUCUGAUCCAUGCUCAGAAUAAUCACUGGCACCGCAGGCAGUGGAUAGUUGCUGCAGUCGGUGAUCUAAUAUUGCUCUUUCGGGCAAGCUUGCAUGUCUCAGUUAUGGCUAUCAUACUGGCUUCAUGAGAUUUAGCCCCUGCUUGACAGCUGAUCUCCACCUGACUCUUUCCUGGGCUGUCUGCACCCAUUUAGUAGGGUUGAUGCCAAAGGCCUUUAGUGCCACUUUCAGUGAGUCUUUGUAACGUUUUUUUUUACCUCUUUGGGAGUGCUUGCCUAUCGUGAGUUCUCCGAAGAAUAUCUGUUUAGGGAGCUGGUGGUUUUCCAAAUGGGCUGCAUGUCCCAUCCAACAGAGUUGAGACGGCAUCAGGGUGGUGAAGAUACUAGGUAGGUUAGCUCUACCAAGGACCUCUGUGUCAGGAACUUUGUCUUGCCAUCUGAUGCCGAGGAGUUUCCUGGGGCAGGUUGUGUGAAAAUGGUUCAGUCUCUUAGAGUGACGCUGGUAGACUGUCCAUUUUUCACAUCCGUAGAGCAAUUUCGAGAGGACUGCUGCGCUAUAGACCUUGAUAUUCGUUUCUCGUCUGAUACCUUUCCUGUCUCAGACAGUCCUGGGGAGCCUGCCAAAUAUGGUACUAGCUUUUGCGAGUCUGGCAUUCAUUUCAUUAUCCAUGAUGACCGAUCUGGAGAGGGUGCUGCUCAAGUAAGUAAAUUUAUCCACUGCGUUAAGAUGCUGUCUGCUGAUGAUGAUGUUGGGUUUAAUGUAAGUUCUACUGGAAGCUGGCUGAUAUAACACUUCAGUCUUCUUGGUGUUGAUUGUUAGGCCAAAGUUGUUGCAAGCCUCAGAGAAGAAAGAUAUCAACGCUUUUUUGCAUGGCGGCUUCAGAGUCAGCAUUGAGGGCACAAUUUUCUGCAAAUAAAAGCUCGUUGAUAGUGUUAUGUUUGACCUUGUUUUUAGCUUCAAGCCUCCUAUGGUUGAAGACUGAUCCAUCCGUGUGGAAACUGAGCGGCAAGCCCGUGGUGGAGUCCUUGAAAGCAUCAGACAGCAUUGCAGAAUACAUAAUACUGAAGAGUGUGGGAGCAAGGACACAGCCCUGCUUCACAUAGUUUGUGACAGGGAAUGCUUGAGAUGACUGACCAUUUUCCUGCACUUGGGCCAUCAUGCAGCAGACGUAUGAUGUUGGUGAUUUUGUCUGGGCAUCCAUAAUUCUUCAUGAUUUUCCACAGGCCACCUCUAAUGACUGUAUCUCAUACUUACUACUACUUUCAGCAAACUUAUUCAACUUUACACACACUCUGAAAGCAUCUCUGUUAUCUGUCUCUUUUUAUCUUCGUUACAUUUAAAGAUUUAUUUCUGGUGCAGAGUGUCUAAUUAUGUUAUAUCCAUAUUCUAUACCUAAUGUGAUCCUUAAUAAUUUAAUAUCCAACUUUAAUUAAAGAAGAUGUGCCAGCAACUAUUUCUACUGUAAGUUUACUUAUUAUUUACAUAAACAUUUAUUAAAGCUUGUAAUUUCAUAAAGCAGUCUUUCAGUUUUCUAGUUUGACUAUUUUCAUGAGUUCACUUGCAAUGAAAAGACAGUUCAUUUUAGUUGCUCUAUGAGCAAUAUUACUGGAUUGGUUGAACUUGGAAUCACUUCUUUAGAACAUCAUCAUCAGUGGUGCUAAAGCCUCUGUAGCACCCUAGUCUGCUCCACCAUUUUCUUUUAUUCGGGCGUAUGACGAAUUUUUUCCCCAUGUUCUACAGUACAUCAUAAUUCAUAAUUAUAGACUAUAUAUAUAUUUUUUUUUUUUUAAGAAGGAAUAUUCUCACUUAGAUAUUUUAACCGUUAGCAACAAUUUAAUAAAAGUGCUGUAGUCAUAAAAACAAACAUAAGUCUAAUAAAUUCAGAAGGAAUAUGCUUAAAAUACUUAAAUAUUAAAGCAUUGAAAUUAUUAAAAAGCAGAUGUUAUAGCUAUUCUUCAAAGCAAACCAGAAGGUAUAUGCAAUAUAUCAUAUACCCUGCAAAACAGAAAUAAUUAAUCCUAAUAUGUUAAAAAAUUAUUAGCUUGUUAAGUAAGAUUAAUAUAAAAAGUUCAAUCUUUUUUAUGAUUUGAUUAAUUCAUAUGUGUAUUAUCUUACCCCUUAAACUUAAAUAAAUCAUAGCUAUUUGUAAAGUAUAAUUUGAUAUAUAAUUUUCUCAGACCAUUUAAAAGUGUAUUUUAUUAAACAGGUGGGAACAAACCUGAUGACAGUUACCGUCCUUAAAAAGACAGAGGUUACUAUAAGAGAAAUGGGAGGAGCUAUGGGUCCAAUUUGGCACAAUUAUUAUAAAGACUCUCACGCUGUCAUGGUAAGAGAGUAAAUAUUUUUUAAAUAAAUAAUUGCUUUGCAUUAUAACAUCUUUUUAAUUAAAUUAAUUGGUUUUGGUGUAAUAUUAGCAAUGUCUGUAAUUGCACUAAUCUGUAUACUAUUUUUGAAAAUGAGUAUGUUAAGAUUUCAUUAAUUUGAAUUUCUGCAUUUCUGGGGGGGGGGGGGGGGGGGGGGGGGUUUCUGGGGGAGAGAUUACUGGAGGCGCCACUGUACAUAGUAAUAUAAAUAAAACCUGCAAAUUGAGGGGGAGGGGUAAAAUGCCCCACCCUGCCCUUCCAAAAGAUGCCCCUGAGUAAAAUUAUAAUUUUCAAAUUAUGCUGAUUUGUUCCUGAGUUUAGUCAAAUUCAACCUUAUUUUAUUUUGCAUUGUAUCUUCUGGGCAUCAUUUUCUUGUAAUUGUGUGCAUGUUAAAUUCCCCCUUUCCUUCAUGCACAUUGAUUUAAUGAGUUUUUAUUUCUUAAUUUCAAUAAUUAAUCCAACACCUCAACAACUUUCUUUAUAUUUCAUUAAAACACACAAUUGAAUUUGUUUAAAAUUAAAUUGUAUGAUAAAAUUCAGUAAAGCUUUAUCUCACACUGUUGACACAAUUUUUGGGCUCAUCUGGGAUAGAUAUAUACAAAAAAUAAUAAUAACAUAAAAUAUUUCUUUUAUUUUCUUUAAAAACUUAAUAACUGUCUUGUAAAUUGAUUUUACAUUUUCAGUUUAUGAUUGAUAUGUCAAAACAUACUCAAGUUGCUAUUGCUUGUGUCCAAUUACUGACUAUGCUGUCUCACCCUUUAACACAAAAUGUUCCAGUGUUGAUAAUUCUCAACAAAAUGUAAGUUUAAAUUGAAAAUUACAUCAAUAGUAAAUGCAUUAUUAAUUGACCUUAGUUAUCCAGAUUUGAUUUUCUAAAUAUCUUUUGUUUCUCCAGAGAUGUUCCUAAUGGUUUAACCAAUGCAGAAUCUGAGAGCUUGUUCAGAUUUGAUGAACUCACUAAACAAGCACCACAGAAAAUAACUAUCAUUGAAACCAGUGCUAAAAAUGGGAACAACCUAGAUAAAGUAGCCAAAUGGAUCUAUGAACAAAAUAAAAAUGAAGACAUCAGUUCAGCCUAAAAUACUGUAAAAAUGAAAUUUGAUGACACUGAUGAUGUUGAAAACAAAACGUAAUAAAUUAUUUCAUGAUCUGACAGAAAGUAGUUAUCAGUUUAACUUUAACCCAUAAUCCCCUACAUUCUUGCUAUUAAAAGUAGACUGAAACACAAUAAAUAAGAUUUUAAAACCAAUUUUGCUGUCCAAUGUUGUUGUUUUUUUAAAUCAACAUUAAAGCAAUGUUGUAAAUAAGGCAUUUGCUAAAGAAAAAUAAUAAUUUAACAUAAAGCCUGUUUCUAAUUUCAUUUUAACAAUGUAAAAAAAAAAAAAAAGUCAUCCAAUUUUUAU